AUGCCCACCUCUUUCUAUGUGCCCAUUCUGCUGGCGGGCAUGAUUAUCACUGGCUCCAGUAAUUCCCUCUGGAGCAAGUGGCAGGACAUGCAAUGUGUUGAAAACUGUGAUGACACGGAUAUUCAUCGUCGCAUUCUCUACGAGCAACCCGUAUGGCAAACGCUCCAGAUGUUCCUUGGCGAAAUGCUUUGCUUUAUCCCUGUCAUCGUCUCAUGGCUAAACUCCAAACGCAAGGCCGCCAAGGUUCAGCUCCCCACAGAACCUGAUACCGAUUCAGACUCUCAGAAUAAAAUUGGCUCUGUUCCCCUCAGUGGCUGGAAAGUCUUCCUCUUAUGGAUUCCGGCCGCCUGUGAUCUCACUGGUACCACUUUGAUGAAUGUUGGCCUACUAUACACUCCAGUCUCAAUCUAUCAGAUGACCCGUGGCUCCCUCGUUCUCUUCGUGGCCUUUCUUAGUGUUACCUUCCUCCGCCGUCGACUCUGGUUAUACCAGUGGAUAUCACUCCUCGUUGUCAUGGCCGGCGUCGCUCUAGUCGGCUACAGUGGUUCUCUGAUCAAAGAUGCCGUGAAGGAUGCCGUGAAUACCAUGCUACUCUCCCGGUUGGCCGCACCCAAUGCCGACUUGCCUCCGCCAGAACCCAGUGGACAACCUCAAGCGACUGCUGCGGUCAUUGGUGUUUUCUUCGUUCUUUUCGCCCAGGUUUUUACUGCAACUCAGUUCGUCGUCGAGGAGAAGAUCCUGGGUCCUCAUAUUUCUCUACCACGAGGCUGA